AUGUUUGAUGGAAAUGCGGUAGGCGAACUACUGGCGCCAUAUGGUGUAUACGUCAAAGCAACUGUGGAGCACAUCGGCAGAACAUGGUCCAAGGAAAUGCCAGGCGAAAAAGAAAAUAGGGAGCUGACACAGCCCUCAAUGUCGAAAACAUCACAUCGACGUACAGGGUGUAGGGAAAGCACGAAAGCGAAAAGUGUCAACAUCUCAAUCCACGACCCUUCAGAUGCUGAAGAACGUGAAGAUCUUGAAGAUCAAACUAAUCCAACAGCUGAAAGUUGUAUCCAAAACAGAAACUUCAAGCCACUCGUGAAAGUACGAGGCACGUCCAGAAAGUAA